AGGCUGAGAGCGUUAAGCAGCUCCCAGAUCAGUGGAUACUGACAGACACGCAGCGGCUGAUGGGCAGAGGGAGACACACAACACAAGAUAUCUCACCUUCCUGGAGGAGGUGGAGGAUGGGACCAGAUGUACUGGCCGUUUUCACCGUCACAGCGAUGAGGCUGGAGGGACAGCAGCAUUAAUGCAACUGCAUGGGAGACGGCUGCUAUUAUUCAGGUCACAGAGAACAGGAGCAUCAUGUGUCCUGAGGAGAGGCUUCUGAAGGAACCACACUCCAUCAAAGACACGACAUGACUCCAAGAGCAGAACAACGCCACCUUUAAAUACACGCUCAGCGUCAUUUGACCUGCUGGAAUCAACAGAUGGAGUGGAGAGGUCGCACCCUGCUUUGGAUCAGGACUCUGCAGUCAUACCACCAACAGACGGGCACUGGGAGUUAUACUUAAUCAGCAAUGAAACUGGGAUGGUACAUGAUGGUCGAGAAUCCGGUAAAUCAGAGUGUACAGCAGGAGCCUUGAGAGAAAUUGUUGCACAACAAGUAAAAGAAUGGUCACGAUUGUCUGGACUUUACAAUGAGACAAGAGACCCAGGAAAAUUAAGGACAUAUGGACGGUGAGAAGACGGAACAAUGGACAGUUGCUUCUUUCUUGGAUGACGGUAACUAAACACACAUAACAUACAUCUGUCUGUGGAUUGUUACAGAAAACACAAGGACGUCAGAGACUGAACAUUACGUCCAGGCAAGCUGUGGGUCAAGUAGCUUGCUGUGGCGUUUCUAGAGUCUGUGGGGCCCUAGGUGAAAAACUGGCAGGGGGCCCUUCCAUACAGUGUCCAUCACCAUUAUAUAAUAAAUAAUCUGACACCAAUGAGAAAUGUAGGAAAUCAAAACAAUUUUUUUUAUUGUUAUUACAAAUCACCACGUUAAAAUAUAAACAUAAAGAACAGUAAAAACCUAAAAAAAUAACUAAAAAACUCCUUCUCAGUAAAGAAGCUCUGAUGUGGCUCUCUGCAAUGACAGUGUUCAGUGGGCGGGACAGAGCAGCAGCCGACCAAUCAGCAGCCAGAGAGAGACGUGAAUGAGCUGUGAAUGGGUGUGCCCAACAAUCAAUCACUGAUCAAAAAAUAGGUGGAAAUGACAUGGAACCCCUUUAGGGAGCAAAUUGUCCGUUGGUUGGUUAAGGGGGAGGGAGUCGCCUUUUGAGGCAUUGCUGUGGAGUUUGUCAGCCCUCAGGGGUUAGCAUCAUUCACGCUCACCAAAAGUGACAAUGGAUUUCAAUGGGAGCCUGGACUAUGGGUCCUAUCCCACAGGCCUGCCCUACAACACCAGCGUGGACUAUGAGGACUACUACCAGGAGCCGGACGCCAGUAAAAUCAUCAUCCCCUCCAUCUAUGCCCUCGUCUGCUGCGUGGGUCUAACGGGCAACGCCAUGGUCAUCUAUGUCAUUCUGAAAUACGCCAAGAUGAAAACAGCCACUAACAUUUACAUCCUCAACUUGGCCAUCGCCGAUGAGUUGUUCAUGCUGAGCGUUCCUUUCCUGGCCACAUCGGCAGCCGUCCGUCACUGGCCCUUCGGGUCCCUGAUGUGUCGCUUGGUGCUGAGCGUGGACGGUAUCAACAUGUUUACGUCAAUCUUCUGCCUGACGGUGCUGAGCGUGGACCGUUACAUAGCAGUGGUCCACCCUAUCAAGGCCGCCCGCUACCGCAGACCCACUGUUGCCAAAGUGGUCAAUGUCUGCGUGUGGGGGCUGUCGCUCAUAGUCAUCCUGCCCAUCAUUAUCUUUGCAGAUACUGUCCCAGCGCAGGAUGGUGGUGUGGACUGUAACUUCCUGUGGCCUGAGGCGGCCUGGUCAGAGGCGUUCGUGGUCUAUACCUUCCUGUUGGGAUUCCUGCUGCCGGUUGGCGCCAUCUGUCUGUGCUACUGUCUCAUGGUGGCCAGGAUGCGAGCAGUGGGGCUGAAGGCCGGCUGGCUUCAACGCCGGCGCUCGGAGAAGAAGAUCACCCGCAUGGUGCUUCUGGUUGUGGCGGUGUUCGUCCUCUGUUGGAUGCCCUUCUACAUUGUCCAGCUGGUCAGCGUUUUCCACCGGCCCCCAGACCCCAUGGUCACUCAGCUGUUUGUCAUCCUCAGCUACGCCAACAGCGGCGCCAAUCCCAUCCUCUACGGCUUUGUGUCUGAUAACUUCCGGCGUUCGUUCCAGCGCAUCGUUUGUUUCCGGUGGCUAGAGUCUGGGCUGGAUGCGGAGCAGGUGGAUUACUGUGCUGUAGCUUUGAAGAGACAAGCGACGUGCAGCCCUCUGGACUUUCCCAAGGACUGCAUGGCUUCUGAGAUGGUGUUUCGCAAUGGGACAUACACGUCCCGUACGACCACGGUGUGACAUUAAACCAGAGCAGGACCUAAAACAAGAAAUUGCCAUCACCUGAGGAGGAGUUUCUCAACCUAAUUACAAAAUCCCAUGUUCAUUUGUCAUAAUUUAACUUUUUAUUUAAAGAUACACUUCACUCCAUUAUACUGCCCAACAGCACAACAAAACUACACAGACUCUAAAGUUCAUAGAUUGUGUUUCAAAACUGAAACUGAAAUGGAAAUUUAUUUUGGUCUAUCAGUAAUUACACAAACAAAAAAUACAACUCAACGUCUUAAAUCCUCAGAUACAAAACAUUAAGAAGGAGGUGUAAUUACUGCUUGAUUAUACUGGCUGACAUGGUAAAGUCAGUACAACAAUAGGACCAUGUUAUACUAAUACUGUCAUACAUAAUGAUUGUUAAUUGUUGUUAGAGGUCCAUAUAGUAUAAAGGUAGAUGUCCAUGUGUUGUUUGCACCCAGCCUGUAUACAGAAACUGAGCCUUAAAACCAGCCGUCAGGACUUCUGUCACUUUGUGAUGUCACAACAAAGCAGUCACUGCUCUCAGCCACUUACCUGGGCCCGCCAUCCAACUUUGCAGGAUAUGGUUUCUCUGAGUGUUUACCUGAAAUCUGCUUAAAAUUUUUAUUGGAUCUCUCAGAAAAGAGAGACUCAGAGCCUCCUCUCUUCUGAUUGGCUCACAGACCUGUUGUUACUAGAGCUCCAGAGAGAAGCCUGAGAGAGGAGAUGUAAAACUACACUGAGAUGGUUUUUGGUUCCUAAAACCACAAAUAUAUCUUCUUAUGGAUCAACACUUCAAAUAAAACACAGGAGAAGAGGAAAAUAUGGAAUUUUAAGUAAUUUGUUUAUUAUUGUUAUGCUGUUAUGCCUGGUUUUCAAGUAUAGUUACAGUAUUGCAAUAGAUGUUGACAUUAUAUUUAUGUAGUUUCCCAAAAUUAAUUUAUUAUCAUCGUAUGUUGUCACUCCCACAAAUUAAUGAAAUGUAUCCAUUCAAUUUAAAAAUCAUUUACUUUUAAGUUUUCUGUGUGAAUUUGUUAUGAUUACCAAUGAUGAAGUUAAAAUCAAGUCAACUAUUUAAAAAUGUUUAUUUCUUUUCUACAGAAUCCAAAAGUUUUUGAAAUUCUUACCACAGAAAAAUGAAUGUAUGUCGUCCGCAAACAAAAUCAUUUUGCUGUUUAUUUUGAAAAAAUUACACGUAUCAUUCAUGUACAAAAUAAAAAAUGCAAACAAAGAGCCGGGAGGAAGUUUGGGCCUGAAGUGGUGCUGUUGAACAUUAUAUGAAGUCAGGAUGUGUAUCUUAAAUGAAAUAUCUUAUUUGUUCUUACUGUUUUUCAUCAUAGCACUUUUCACAACAUGAUAAUGUACAAAUCAAACAUUUUACCACAAGCGGAUCAAAUCUCUCAAACUUUUAAAUGUAACUGACUUUGUCUAUCUUAUAUGUAGUUGUGUAGAUUUGUAUAACACAGAGUUAAAUUCAAAACUGUUGAUGAAUUGAUGUUACUGUGCUUAAUUCCACAGCAAGUUUUACUUUUCAUUAACAAACAAUAAUAAUUGAUUUAUAUUUUUGAACAAAGAAACUGUAUAAGAUCCAUGUAAGAGGAAGGUUAAAUUAUUAAUGAAUGUCAUUUUCUCAAGGCUUUGAAACGAUGUCUGACUUUUCGUGUUUGUUCCUGUAUUUGUGUAUUUGUAUCUGUUUGUUCAUUAUUUGUUGGUGGAUCUGUUUAAAUCUGAGAUUUGUCUGAGUAUGUAAAUUACAAAGGUUCAAAACUAUUAUUUCCACCUCUGGUUUCCCUCUGUCUUUUCUUCUGUUGCUGGUUAAGUCUAUUGAAAAAGCUGAGAAAUUAAUUUCAUCAUGCAAAGUUAAUUUUAUUAUUUAACCUGAUAAUCGCUGUGAAGUUCAUGCACACCUGAAAGUCUCAAUGACAGGUGUCAAAAACUCUUGACUUUGAAAAAGUGAUCCAGAUCUUAAUUGACAAUAUUUCCAUCCUCAGAUCUUGAUCAGGUGUCAUAUGGACAAUCAGCACCAGCACCGUUUACUUAUAUACAUUUAAAUAUAAACUAGAGGCUGUAUGCCAACGAGCCAAGUUACAGGAAAUGUGGUCUCAGUCUCUCCUUCCUGAGUUACAGUGUUGAAUAAUGGCCAGAAGUGUUUUUGCAGAACAUUAUGAUGUCACAGUGAAGUUGACCUUUGGCCUUUUGGAUAUAAAAAUGUCAUCCUUCUAUCCUAUUAGACAUUUUUGUUUUGUUAUUGUGUCAUAAGUAGUGCAUGGAUUCAUGGCCAUAAACUGGUUUUGUGAGGUCACAGUGACCUGGACCACUGAAAUCUAAUCAGUUAAUUCUUGAGUCCAAAUGGACAUUUAUGCCAAAAUGAAGGGAAGCACUUGAGGUGUUACUGAGAUAUGUGUCCAGUCCUAACAGUGGGAAUCAGCAGCAGCUUCCUGGUUUCAUGCAAAUAAAGGCCAAUGAGCUGUUUUCAUUGUAAACAUUA